CUAGGCCGCUCCCAGGGCCAUGAGGAGGCGGCGGCAACCACUGCGGCCCGAGUCAAGGUGACCGGCCGGGACUGCGGCGGCGGCGGACUCCUCCAGGCAGGUUAUGUCACCGGCAGAGGCUGCCCUGAAGCUCCCUGCGGCCUGGAGACUAUGUACAAGAGGAAUGGUCUGAUGGCUAGCGUGUUGGUCACCUCCGCCACUCCACAGGGCAGCAGCAGCUCAGACUCUCUGGAGGGCCAGAGCUGCGACUAUGCCAGCAAGAGCUAUGACGCGGUUGUCUUCGAUGUCUUGAAAGUGACUCCUGAGGAGUUUGCCAGCCAGAUCACACUAAUGGACAUCCCUGUGUUUAAAGCCAUCCAGCCGGAGGAACUAGCCAGCUGUGGAUGGAGUAAGAAGGAGAAACACAGUCUGGCCCCCAACGUCGUGGCCUUCACCCGGAGGUUUAACCAGAAACUUCUAGAACUCAACAACCUUCAUUCUCUCAUGUCUGUGGUGUCAGCAUUACAAAGCGCUCCCAUCUUCAGGCUGACAAAAACCUGGGCUCUUUUGAAUCGAAAAGACAAGACUACCUUUGAGAAAUUGGACUAUCUGAUGUCUAAAGAAGAUAAUUACAAGCGGACACGGGAAUAUAUCCGAAGCCUAAAGAUGGUGCCCAGUAUUCCCUAUCUAGGAAUCUAUCUUCUGGAUCUAAUCUACAUCGAUUCUGCAUAUCCUGCCUCAGGCAGCAUCAUGGAAAAUGAACAAAGAUCUAAUCAGAUGAACAAUAUUCUCCGAAUAAUUGCUGAUUUACAAGUUUCCUGCAGCUAUGAUCACCUCACAACCCUGCCCCAUGUGCAGAAGUACCUGAAGUCAGUGCGCUACAUUGAAGAGCUCCAGAAGUUCGUGGAAGAUGACAACUAUAAACUGUCACUCAGAAUUGAACCAGGAAGCAGCUCUCCAAGACUAGUUUCAUCCAAGGAAGAUCUUGCAGGCCCCUCUGCAGGCUCCAGUUCGGUGAGGUUCCGACGGAGGCCCACCUGUCCUGAUGCGUCUGUGGCCGGCAGCCUGCCCACGCCACCAGUCCCCAGACACAGGAAGAGCCACAGCCUGGGCAACAAUAUGAUGUGUCAGUUGAGUGUAGUUGAGAGUAAAAGUGCGACAUUUCCAUCGGAGAAAGCCAGGCACCUUCUGGACGACAGUGUCCUAGAGUCCCGCAGCCCCCGCAAGGGCCUCACCCUCACCUCCUCCGCUGUCACCAAUGGACUCUCCCUAGGCAGUAGUGAGAGCUCAGAGUUUAGUGAAGAGAUGUCUUCAGGGCUGGAAAGCAGGGGUCGUCUCUAUGCCACGCUGGGGCCCAACUGGAGGGUUCCAGUUCGGAAUUCUCCCAGAACCCGGAGCUGCGUGUACAGCCCUACCAGCCCAUGUACCUGUACCCUGGGGAGCUCAGCAGCUGUGCCCACCAUGGAGGGUCCCCUGAGGAGGAAGACCCUGCUCAAAGAAGGACGGAAGCCCGCACUGUCCUCAUGGACCAGAUACUGGGUCAUACUCUCAGGAUCCACCCUCCUGUACUAUGGAGCCAAGUCCUUGCGGGGCACAGACAGAAAACACUAUAAAUCCACACCUGGCAAGAAGGUCUCCAUCGUGGGCUGGAUGGUACAACUGCCCGAUGACCCCGAGCACCCGGACAUCUUCCAGCUGAAUAACCCUGACAAAGGCAAUGUUUACAAGUUUCAGACGGGCUCCCGAUUCCACGCAAUACUGUGGCACAAGCAUUUGGAUGACGCGUGUAAGAGCAACAGGCCUCAGGUACCUGCAAACCUUAUGUCAUUUGAAUAAGUCUCUGCAGGACUUGGCGUGACUACAAAGGCUUCUGGGAGCCCAGACUGGGCCCGGUGGACAAGAGCAACCCUGGGCACAGGCUGUGAGCCAGAGCGCUGGGAGCCUCACAGCCAGACUCAGGGGAUGCACACAGCCUUCAGCCUCACAGUCGCAGAGGGCUCCCCAAGUGCUGGAUCCACCUGUCAAUCCCCAGCGACUCUCAUGACUCUCAUCCCGCAGCACCACCUCACAGGGCGGUUGUUGGACCCCAGACUGCACACCCCAAGUCCCCUUUCUGGGCCUUUGUUGUCCACCAGCUGCUUCUGCAACAGAGUGCAUUUGGCCCACGUUGGGUUCUCCUGCUUUCUGCUGACACAGUGGACAGCAUUAACCUGCGAAAGGGCCUGAGAGCAGGACAGGCUGCGGGACAGGCUCGUUACACCCCAAGUGCACGGGGCUGCUCACCCCCCAGGGCUGCCUCAGAUUUUGUACAAUCCCCGAAGCGUCCUCUGCGUAUGUGUGCCGUCCAUGUGUGCGUGGGAGUGAGUGUGAACUCUUCAAGAAACAUGCAUUUUGGCACAGGACUUGUGACAUCACACACUUCAUUCGCUUUGAGGGCCUGCUUUCACCUUCAGUCAUAGCCUUGUCCACCGAGAAAGGUCGGGUGGGAGCGCCAGUGUUAAUGCUCCCUCACAUUCUCUCACUGUAAACAAACAAUGCCUUAAACCGUGUCUUGCUUUCUGUUCCUAUGGGUGCUAUUCAUCUGGAAGGCCUGCUUCCUGGGCCCUGGGGCUCUGCCAGGCCUUGUUGCUGUCAGCCCUUCCGAGCAAGAACCGGCUCAGGACGGUGGACUGGGCCGCUGGCCUGCUUGCUUCCUUUCAUGCCCUCUCCUGGCAGGGCCUGGGGCCCUUUCAUCUCCCCCGCUCCCGCCGUGCCUGCAUGGGAAGUUGUGGCAUGUUCUCCUGGUGUCCUCAGAAGCAGCUCGGAGGCCGCCGUGCUCACAGUGAUCAGCUGCCCAGAGGCCCCUUCACGCCAACCUCCCCCACAGGGCAGGCUGUGCUCGCUGCCAUUGCCAUCGCGCCCCUUGGCCUCCACUGCCAGGGCAGACCCACCAGGAUUCCUGAUCAUGCAGGGAGCUGAGUGACACUGAGGCCUUAAGCUCCCCCAGUCUUGCCCCCAAAUGCAGUCACCAGCAAGUUCUCCAUCAUCCAAGUCCAAGGGCACAAUUGUGGAUGACCAUCUGAGAGCUCUGGGGAGCAAAUGGUCCAGCCUCUGCAUUUGGCUAAGAGUGCUUUCCAUGAACAACAGCCUUGAUCUGUCACACUCUGUCAUAAUUUAAAGUGAUUUUUAUUUUGCACAAAUAUAUUUUUAUUCAACAUUAAUUGUGCUUUAUCAUCAUAGCCUGUCUCUGUCUCCCUUUCUCUCCUUUAACUUGAAUGUCUGUAUCCUGAGAGGGAAACCCUUAAAUGAUUUUCUGAAAGAGACUGAAUUUCUGGGUCCAUUGCUAUCAUGGUAUCAGAACUCACACCAACAAGGCAUCAAACUGCCCUGAAGAGUUUCCUGGCAAGAAGCUUCACAACACCUUAAUCAGUACACUGUAAUAGGUCACCACGAUAAGAUCUACCAACAGACCCACCACAGUACUUUGAUCAAAUGGUGAUGACUCUGAAAAUCUGAAUGUGUUGCUGAGGGAGUGUUGUCAUCAGGGUGAUACUUUGUGCUGGAGCCUGACUGUGCUCAGAAACUCACCUUCCUUUGGAGCAGAGACUGGAUACUUUCAUGCCAAAAGAAACUCCCAAUGGUAACGUUGAUGCCAUCAAAUCUCAGCCACAGCCUUGCAUGUCCGCCCGUACCCCAGGUCUGAGUGUGUGCACCUAGACUCUUCAAGUUGGUAUCUGAAGGCUGAGUAACAAGGCCAGACACUGCAGUCACUUCCAAUCAGAACCAUGCAAUGGUCAUGCUUUGACCUACAUCCAAUCUGAUCUCACCUGUUAACUUCUAAAAAGUCUUCAGCUUGGAUAGAAGUGCAAGACUGGAACACUGGCUACUUAUUUUCCUUGUUUCUCCACUCUUCACACUACGCUGGCUUUUCACAUAUGAAAUACAACAGAUGCCAAACUCCCAGAAUUUCAGGCUCAACUAAAUCAAAUAGUUUUCUGUCCUUUACAGAUGCUUCUUCUCCUUCACAGAUGUUUGCUUCUGAGCCUAAUUUGAAAGAGCACAAUCACAAUUCUUUUCAAAGCACUUAAUCUGUUCACUAGUUGAGACUGAUCCCACAUCACCUCUCAGAAACAUUUCUUUCCUUGGACUCUUGAAGAAUCAGUUUGGACUGACUGGCAAAAGCCAGUCUUAUUGGCAAAAGCCUGGUAGGACUGGUAAGAGCCCUGAACACAUCAGAAGAGUCCUGGAGAUGUAGUUGAAAGAUACUCAAUUCUCCAAGCAGGGACUCAGGCCAAGUAUGUGAGUUCAGUGCUGAUUGUCUUCCCAGUGCUAGCUUGUCCCACAAACCGGGCACAAACCACGGAGUGGGGGAGGUCCUUGGGUGGAUUCUCGCCCUAGAGGGAAGUGUUUCUGGUUUUUGCUCCUCGACUGUCCAUUGUGCACAAAUACUUGUGAACCCAUUGAAGGUCUUAUGUCUUGCAUGCAUAUACUGUAAUUUUUUUUUUAGGCAAACAAAUCGUGGCCAAAAUGAAAGGUGUAGAAUGCUGUCUACAAACUGGAGUAGGUAGCUGGUAGCAUUGUGAUGUCCUAAGAACAAUCCAUGCAGCUCACCCCACAUACUUUCUAACCCUCAGCUGAACACGUUCUGUAUGUAAAACUCAAGGUCAGCUGAGUGCAUUCUGGCAACUGGAAUGCUUUGUGGAGGAGGGUUUGGUGGAAAGCUGUAGAAACAUUGUUCUGAAUAUACCCAGGGUGAAUGCAGCAUUCCCUCCCCUGACUGUUCAGCAUCCUGUCAGACAGAGGCGCUGAGGAGCUGAAUACUUGAAGGAAUCCUUGAGGAACUCAAGGAUUGCCAACUGAUUUCUAAAGUAUUUCUUUUCCUUACCGAGACAGCCAGUGUUUCUACCUUUACCUUGCUCCCCGUCCCAAGCCCAGAAAGGUGUAUCUUUAAGGUCACCAUAUUUCAGGUAGAAUAUGGUCUGUGAAAAUGGGGAGCCGUUUGCAAGCCAAGCUUGCUUUAUUCCUGGGUGGGUCCAGAGUGCUACAACCACAUUGCUGAUGCUCACAGUUACAGGUGAACAUCACCAAAACACAAUCUUACUUCUUUUUUGUGACCCCGUAUAUUACUGUAAUCAACCCUAUGUCAUUAUUGAAAUAUUGGGUGAUUUCAUGUUUUAAAAACAAAAAGAAACUGUAAGAGUCCCUUUGAAAUACAGUUUCUCUGCAUAAAACCCCCAUUCAUUCAUUCAUUCAUAUCUCUAGUGAGUGUCUCCCAUGCACGAGGUUCUAUCCAGGGUAUAAAUGGCUGAAAACCAGACAGAUUGGAUCUGCUCUCGUAGGGUUGACCACUCAACGAACAAAUGAUCCCCACCUCAUGCACCUCCUUGGGCAAGAACCCACCUCUCCCCAGCCCUGGGUACAAUCUUCAUGCACAGAUUCUUCCAGAAACACUUCAAAAGUCCCCACAGACUGACCAGUCUUACUCUGUGAGUUCUGUCACAAUGAGGACUAGCUGGAGUGUGCACUAGAGGCCACAUAGCUCAGAACAGUUAGGCACAGAGCUGUGGCUGAGCAUACAGAGGACUCCAAAGGUAGAAUGAGAGAGUAAGGUCAGAACCUCCACCGAGUUUAUGUGAUGGGCUUUUGUCUUUAACUUUAGUGUUAAAAUCAAGUACAGUAUGAGCAAGAGCUGCAUUUCCUUGGCCGUGGAGAACUUGUCCAUGGACAUUGAUCCACCUCAUAGCCCUCUGCUGCACAAGUGUGUUUACCCCUCGGGCAGCCCCCAAAUCCCCUCACAGCAGCGCAGAAGAUCCAUCGGUUCAUUUUGUAACCAUGAGUCUAUCCAUUUCUGAAUGACUGUGACCAUUCAGUAAUGAAAUAAUAGAAAUUGAUUUAUUAGUAUAGUAUAAUCUUUAAUAAAUUUCGUGCCAAAAUGCAUGGUUUUCCACUUAGCAUUCAAAAUGUUGCGUAGAAAGUAGUUUUCGAUUUCUUAUGUAUUCUUCUAAGUGGGUUGAAAUCAGUUUCUACAUUUUUGUUCGUUUCUUGUUAAAUCUGUUGCAUUCUCCCAGGCUGUCUUUUUUUCCAGCAGACCCCUGCAUGCAGCCGUGUAAGGACUUUCUCUAAUACUUGUGAAUUGUCUCAUCUGCAAUAACCACUGAACAUCAGCCCUCCAUGGGAUUCUUUAGAUUUUUGGUGAAGUAUUUUGUUACCUCAGUCUUGUAUCAAGUUGCUGUAUUUUUCAGCUUGUUACAUUGAUAAUAAUUGUUUCACUAAUUAAAUACUUUAAUGUACAGACAUCUUUGUUUACUUUGAAAUUAAAUGUGUUUUCCAAUGAA